AUGGUAGCGGUCGGUUCGAUAUGCGUUUUCCUGGCGUUGGUUGCGUCGGCGGUGGAGUCGCGGAUGGUCAGCAGAGAAGAGCAGCGAUUGUCAAGAGGUGAGCCUAAUGCGAUUGUCAAGAGGUGACCGAAAAAUAAUGUGUUUUUGAAAGCGGCUGUCACAAAGCAAGCAUAAUUAGAGGAUAGAUUCCCAGACCUUUCGCGAAUGUUCUUUUCAAAGUCUUGUAGCAAAAGUAAUUCAGUUAAAAUUAGCCAUGCACUUUUACAAUACAAUCCCCAUCAUAAUCGGGUUUUCGGGUUGCGAAAGGUGGCGAGGAAUUUCGUAAAUUUGAUUAUUGAGAUUUAAAGAACGAUUAAAAUGGCUUUGUACUUAAAGUAUAGACAAAACUACAUUCCUAAAGGCAAUUUAAGGAUUUAAAUCUUCUUUUUUUCAGGCCAAAACAACAGAAACGUCCGAUCCAUUCGCAAAGCCAGCCUCGCAUCUCCUCGCUCUCUCAACAGCAUGCUAAAACAGCCAAUCUUGUCGUUCGGCUCGUGGUUCGGGCCACAUCGUUCGAAGCGCGAACAUGAACUACCGGUCGAGACCCCGGAGGCCGCGAACUUCGAGGAGCAAAAAGAGGAGCUUCUGGAGACAAUCGACAAUCUUCUACUCAAUGAACUCAAAAAAGAAGUCAAAGAUGACGCGGAAGUCGUUGUUGGCGACAACGCGCAACAAAACCUCGUCCGACCCAGCCGGCUGCGACGACUUUUCGGCAAAAACGCGGUCAUUGUGCAACUGUAG